AUGAUUGACAUUAACCUUAUUAGAGACCCGAAGACUCGUGAAGAGGUUGUUGAAAGUGAGAAGAAGCGAUUCCGAGACGGAACGGCUGUUGGAAAGGCCUAUGAACUGGAUAGAAAGAGGAUAGAAACGGCGUUUAAGCUUGACCAGAUCAACGCUCGAGUUAAUCAGCUGAACCGAGAAGUAAAGUCUGGGUAUAAGCAAGGAAAGAAGAAGGAGGAUGAGGAGCUAGCCAAGAAGAUUGACGAGAUAAAAAACCUUUAUGAUGAGGCAAAGAAUCUUAAGGAAGAUUCUGGGAGAAUCGAAGAAGAGUUGAAUAAGGUUAUGAAGGGGAUAGGAAACAUUAUUUCUGAGGAGGUUGUGGUUAGCAACGAUGAGAAGGAUAACUUGAUCGUAAGAUCCUACAGAAGUGGGAGAAGUAUACAGAGGAAUCCUCAGCCUUUUUCUAUGCUGAUGAAAGAUUUCACGCAUUCGACUGCAGGAGCAAAAGUGAUAGGGCAUAGAGGAUACUAUCUAUCUGGUAAGAUGGCCCGACUGGCUCAAGCCCUUACAAGAUAUGCUAUUGACUUUCUUGAAAACAAAGGCUACACUUACAUCCAAACACCUGUGAUGCUCAGGAGAGAUGUAAUGGCAAAAACAUCACAGCUGAGUGAUUUUGACGACCAGCUCUACAAGGUCGAGGAUGACUUGUAUCUAAUAGCAACGUCUGAGCAGGCCCUUGCUGCAUUGUAUAUGGAUGAAAGAAUGAUUCCCCAGGAGGUUCCGAAAAAGCUCUGUGGGCAGUCUCUUUGCUUCAGGAAGGAGGCUGGAGCACAUGGAAAGGAUAAUGCAGGGCUAUUCAGGGUUCACCAGUUUGAAAAGAUUGAACAGUUUGUGAUAUGUGAGCCUUCUGAGUCCCGAAAGCACCAUGAGGAAAUGAUAAGAGUAUGUGAGGAAUUUUAUCAGUCAUUAGACAUAAGCUAUAACGUUGUGAGUAUUGUAUCUGGAGAGCUCAAUGAUGCAGCAGCCAUAAAGUAUGACCUUGAAGCGUAUUUCCCAAAUGCAGAUAAGUACAGAGAAUUGGUUUCUUGCUCGAAUUGUACAGACUAUCAGUCAAGAGAGCUUGAGAUAAGGUAUGGUGUAGUUAAGGAGAACAAUCGUAAGGUUUAUGUCCACCUACUGAAUGGAACCAUGUGUGCCAUCCAAAGAGCAUUGUGCUGCAUUGUGGAAAACUAUCAAAAGGAAAAUGGAGUUGGUAUCCCAGAUGUCUUGCAAGGAUACUUUGGUGCAGACUUUAUUGAACUAAGCUCUUAA